AUGGCUACUAGUAAAGUACCGUGUAACAAUGGCCAAAGAAGCACGGUUUCGGUGGUCACUAGGAGGAGUUAUCAGGUCGUUAUAGCAGCGACUAAAGACAUGGGUCUUGGUAUGAAUAUGAAGCUUCCUUGGGAUUUACCCACAGAUUAUCAGUUUUUCCAAGAUGUAACAACUAGGACAUCCGAUCCCAUGAAGAGGAAUGCAAUUAUAAUGGGAAGAAAAACAUGGGAAUCUAAUCCUCUUGAGGUUCGUCCCAUUCCUGGUCGCCUCAACGUUGUUCUCACGAAUUCUGGCUCUCUAAACAUUGCCACGGAUGAGAAUGUAUUCGUGUGUUGUAGCAUGGAAUCGGCUCUUGAACUUUUAGCCACCGCACCUUAUUCCUUGUCCAUUGAGAAGGUCUUUGUCAUAGGAGGCGGCGACUUGUUAAGGCACUAUAUGAAUGCACCUAGCUGUGAUGCUAUCCACCUAACCGAAAUUGAUAUAAUCAUGCCAUGCGACGCAUUUGCACCAAGGGUGGAUACUUCUCUAUACCGUUCUUGGUACUCAUCACUUCCAGUUGUGGAAAAUGGAAUUCGGUAUAGCUUCAACACUUACAUCCGAAGAAAAGAUCCCAUUGUCGGAUCUGGUGAACAUAAAAAUAAUGCUGAGUCAGUCCAGCACUUGUUCUUGCCCAAGAUGGUUUUCGAGAGGCACGAGGAGUUUGGUUACUUGAAUCUUGUUCAAGACAUUAUAUCGAAUGGGGACAUGAAUGACAAUAGCACUCUUUCUAAAUUUGGCUGUCAGAUGCGGUUCAAUCUGCGCAAGACUUUCCCUCUUCUUACAACCAAGAAUAUAUUCUGGUUAGGCGUUGUAGAGGAAAUCAUACAACUCAUCAGUGGUUCAACCAAUCCCAAGGAAAAGGGCACUAGUCAUAUUUGGGACAGUGAUGAGGCUAAAGAAUAUCUUGACAGUUUCAGAGUUAAUGCCACAGAAGAAGAUGGAGACCACCCGCUCUUGUAUGGACUCCAGUGGAGACGCUCUGAUCCUAGUCAAGAAUUGAGUCAGGUCGCUGAUGUUAUAAACAAGAUAAAGAACAAUCCUCAUGAUCAAAAGACGAAGCUUCCGACUUGUAAUCCAUUAGAUUUCAAGUUGUUGGUAUCCCCUUGCCAGACGUUUGGACAGUUCUAUGUGGCGAAUGGUGAACUUUCCUGUCAAAUCUACCAGAGCUCAGCUGAAGCGAGUCUCGAGAUUCCUUUCAGUAUUGCUGCAUAUUCUCUCUUGACAUGCAUCAUUGCUCAUGUUUGCGAUCUUGUUGCUGGUGAUUUCAUCCAUGUGAUUGGACAAGCCCAUGUUAAUACGGCUUACGUCAAGGCUAUACAGAAACAGCUCCAAAUCUCCCCAAAGCCCUUCCCGAUGUUGAAAAUCAACCCUGAGAAAACGACGAUUGAUCACUUUGAGGCCUCUGAUUUGGAACUCCUGGAGACAUGA